CGGGUUAAGAAUGUCUCGUUCGCAUUUGGCCGAUCGAGUUCAGCCGGCGACGAUUCGAGCGACUUGAUGGAUCGAUCGAUCGAUGUUGGGUUUGGCAAAGCGAUGACGUAAUGCGAGCGGCGAUGGUCGGCUCCCGCGCGGGGGGGGGGACAUUUCCGCCGAGCGCCGGCGGAACGUCGCGCAGCGCGCAGGCAGGUGAGCUCGCGCCGCCCCCCCUCCGCGUGCGGCGCACAUGGUACGGUCCGCGUGCACUCGGAGUUGUCGCCGAGGAGCUCGCAGUGUGCACGACUCAGCGCAAAGCAGCAAAUUGGCGCGCGUCGUCGCCACUCGUUGUCGCCGAAAUGCCGCCCUCCUCUUGCCCGACUGACCUCGGAUGGCGCGGCAAGGUCGCCAUCUUCCACCUUUGCUGGCACAUCUCAGGGUUGUUGGCCAGUCAGGUGGCGGUGCCCCCCAGCGUGAGCGCCGUGCUGGGGAAGAACCUGACGUUAGAGUGCCGGGUGGACGUGGCCACCAACCUCACGCUCACGCAGAGCUCUUGGGAGCGGCGCUUGCCCACCGGCUCGGUCACUGUGGCCGUUUACAACCCGCGCUACGGCAUCUCCAUUUCCCCGGAGUUCAUCCAUCGCUUGUAUUUCCGCUCGCCCUCCUCCCACGAUGCCACGAUCGUACUGGAGAAUGUGGGCUUUGCCGACACGGGCGUGUACACCUGUAAGGUGGCGACAUUCCCGCUCGGGAACACGCAAGCCUCCACUACUGUCAGUGUGCUCGUGGAGCCGAAGGUGUACGUGUCCGCGGGCUCGACGGCGCUGAUCGACGGCAGCAACGAGACGGCGGUGGCCACCUGCAUCGCGGAGCGCGCCCGCCCCCCCGCCGAGGUGUCGUGGGAGUCCGAGCUUUUCGGCCAGUCCGAGGUGCAGCUUUUCGACGACGUCAACGGGACCGCCACCACGCAAGUGCGCUACCUUUGGCAGCCCACCCGUCACGUCCGGGGCCGCUCGCUCACGUGCGUCGUCCGCCACCCGGCGCUGCUGAAUGACUUCAGGGUCCCCUACCAGCUCAAUGUGCAGUUUGCUCCCGAUAUCUCUGUGGCGGGCUACGACGGAGACUGGUAUGUCGGCAGGGACGAUGUUCGAAUGACGUGCAAAGCCAAUGCAAACCCGCCAGCUCAUCACUUCAGAUGGAUCAGGCUGGACGGUGAGAUGCCGGAAGGCGUGGAAAUCCUCAACAGCACGCUGCUUUUCCUGCGUCCUCUCCAGAAGAACGACUCUGGCGUUUACCGGUGUGAGGUGGCCAAUGACAUCGACCUCCGCAGUCGGGACCUUCGCAUUCUCAUACAAGAACAUUCUGAGGCCGAGAGGUCAAACUCCAUCGCUGUUGCCGGGGCGGCGAUCGGCACGGUCCUCGCUCUCUUCCUCAUCGCCGUCUUCGUCGUCGUCCUGAUCACGGCCCGCAAGGCCCCGCCUGCUGCGGCCUUUUCGGACAAAGUGAUUGACCUUCCCCCGACACACAAGCCCCCGCCCCCCUACUCCGAGCGAGCGCCCGCUGUUCCUGUGGGCGUCCACGCGUCCCAGGUGGCCUGGCUGUGUCAGGUAAAGCUCUCGUCUCCUCAUCCCCGCCGCGACGUUAGCGCCGGCACUUUCCCCGCACGUACGUCAUCUCCGUCGGAUGUUCGCACGCAGAGCCGCGGGGCCGAGCGCAGCUACGACGCCGCCGAGAGGCGGCGACCCCCGGGGGCGGGGCCGCAAAGCCCCACGCGGGGGUCCCGCCUGGAGUGGGUUUGUCAUCAGAGCGGGACGGAGCGGGUCUACAUCAACCACCGUGAACACUACGUGUGAUGUGAAAUCCUUCACUCGGAACGCCGUCGAGCUCCGAGCGGCUCGCGACCGUCCGCUGUGGCCGUCGGUCCGGACCAGGAAACAUCUGGACGCAUCGGAGGCCAAACUCUCCUUCUCAUCGAGCGUUUAACUUCAAGAAGUUUGAAAAGAAUGCGUCUGUAGUUCAUUUUUAGGGGGUUUCGCUGUUUAUUUUUGUCUUUUUCUGUACAACUGCUGAGAAUUCUAAGCGACGAAUAUAGUCAACACCUGCAUAUUUGCGGUUCGGGAUUCGCAAAUAUUGCUUUCGCACCAUCUGGUGGCAUCGUCAUGCAAAGAAACUCUGUUGAAGUGUGUCGAGGAGCUUCAUUUAGCCAGGAGUGGUCUGCUUCCACUGCAGAUCCCAAUGUCAUCUGCAGAACAUCACGGUCCGCGGGGAUUCCAGUCUAACCUCAUUUGCCAGCCUGUCCAUCACCACUGCAAACAGGAAGGGGCUCAGGGCUGAUCCCUGAUGCAUUCCCACUUCCACCUUAAAUUUGUCUGUCACACCUACAGCACACCUCACCACCAUGUCCUGUAUUAUUCUAGCAUACUUCUCUGCCACUCCAGACUUCCUCAUGCAGUCCCACAGUUCCUCUCCGGUUACUCUGUCAUAGGCUUUCUCUAGAUCUACAAAGACACAAUGGAGCUCCUUCUGACCUUCUCUGCACUUUUCCAUCAACAUCCUCAAGGCAAAUAACGCAUCUGUGGUGCUCUUUCUAGGCAUGAAACCAUACCGUUGCUCGCAAAUACUCCCUUCUGUCCUGAGUCUAGCCUCCACUACUCUUUCCCAUAACUUCAUGGUGUGGCUCAUCAACUUUAUAGUUGCCACAGCUCUGCACAUCACCCUUGUCCUUCAAAAAUGGGCACCGGCACACUUUUCCUCCAUUCCUCAGGCACCUUCUCACGCACUAGAAUUCUAUUGAACAAGCUGGUCAAAAACUCCACAGCCACCUCUCCUAGAUGCUUCCAUACCUCCACAGGACCAACUGCCUUUCCAUGUUUCGUCCUCUUGAAUGCCUUUCCAACUUCCCCCCGACUAAUCAUUGCCACUUCCUGGUCCACCACGCUUGCCUCUUCUACUCUCCCUUCUCUCUCAUUUUCCUCUAUCAUCAACUCCUCGAAGUAUUCUUUCCGUCUAGCCAGCACACUGCUGGCACCAGUCAACACAUUUCCAUCUCCGUCCUUAAUCACCCUAACCUGCUGCACAUCCUUCCCAUCUGUAUCCCUCUGUCUGGCCAACCUGUAUAGAUCCCGUCCUCCUUUAAGAUGUCGAACUACCCUUUGGCUUACAAUAUUUGUGCGUCUGUUUUGGGGGCAAAUGUCCUGUGUUCUGUUUAUCAGUAUUUCUGGACUGAUAUCAAAACGAUGCUUCGAUGCCAGCAAAAGCGCCAACACGCCCUCAUUGUCGGCCUGUGUGGCAUGCACCGGCACAUGUGGGAAUAAUCCGAAUGAUCGUAGAAAAAAACCCCAAGAAUUAUUAUAAAGGCGUCUUGAGACAAGUGUUGCUUUUCAUUGUUGUCAUCUGUACAGCAGCGUCCUGAUGCGUAUCAUCGGACUAAAACGUGCUGCGAGUGCUGAUGUCCGCUGAGAGCAUCUGUACUUACUGUGAUGCAGACUGUGAAGGGAUUCUUCGAGGGGGAAUGUUCUAUCACUUUUCUUUUCUUUUUUUUUUUUUGCUGUUUUCUGCAAAGGUUAACAGAAGAAACUGUAGAUGUUUGUUUUAUGCACAUAUGACGGGGACUAUUUACAUUCAGUGUUUUUUUUUUGUCGUUUACAGAGUUACAUUCUAAGAGGUGAGUGUUUAAUGUAUCUUAUGUCGUGUCAGAUCUCCUUUUUUCAUCAAAGUAUUAGAACGACUACUUUUUACAACUAGUGGAAGACUUAAGUGUUUCUAUAUUUUGAAUGGCCACUUGGGAAUUGUAUUUUUUAAGUGCAUUAAAGUUGCAGUGUUUGAUUUA